CAGAUCUCUCAUACAAAGCUUUCUGCAGAAGAUGCGUGGAAGUUGAGGGCUUUAUCAGAUGACCUCAUUUGCCGGUUCCAGCCUGCAGCAGGAGAGGAUGUACAAGAUGCACCGGGGCCACGAAUCCAUGCACAUGGAAAUGAUCUUGAUCUUCCUCUGCAUUCUGGUCAUUGCCCAGAUAGUGCUGGUUCAGUGGAGACAGAGGCAUGGUCGAUCCUACAAUCUGGUGACCUUGUUGCAGAUGUGGAUUGUCCCCUUAUAUUUCACGAUAAAACUAUACUGGUGGCGGUUUCUGUCUAUGUGGGGGAUGUUCUCCGUUAUUACCAGUUACAUCCUCUUCAGAGCUACCCGAAAACCCCUCUCAGGAAGGACACCACGGUUGGUCUACAAAUGGUUUCUUUUGAUCUACAAACUCAGCUAUGCAUUUGGUGUUGUGGGUUACUUGGCGAUCAUGUUUACAAUGUGUGGAUUCAAUCUGUUUUUCAAAAUCAAAGCUAGAGAUUCCAUGGAUUUUGGCAUUGUGUCUUUGUUCUACGGCCUCUACUAUGGAGUAAUGGGGAGAGACUUUGCCGAGAUCUGCUCAGACUACAUGGCUUCCACUAUAGGGUUCUACAGUGUCAGCGGGUUGCCUACAAGGAGCUUAUCAGACAAUAUCUGUGCAGUCUGUGGGCAGAAGAUCAUUGUGGAGCUUGAUGAAGAAGGGCUCAUUGAGAACACCUACCAGCUUUCCUGUAAUCAUGUCUUUCAUGAAUUCUGCAUCCGAGGUUGGUGUAUUGUUGGGAAAAAGCAGACUUGCCCUUACUGCAAAGAGAAGGUUGAUUUGAAGAGGAUGAUCAGUAAUCCCUGGGAGCGCACACAUUUUCUCUACGGACAAAUCCUGGAUUGGCUUCGUUAUUUGGUGGCCUGGCAACCUGUGGUGAUAGGAAUAGUUCAAGGCAUUAACUAUUCACUAGGGCUGGAAUAGUACAGCAGACCCCAGAAGCAAUAUACUGUAUGGUUGAAAUCCUUGAUCCUACAUUUAAUAUUAAUUUUUUUAAUUUUAGAGAUGAUCCCAAAUGUUUAGAAAACUAAGUAAACUUUGUUGUCAAGUAGUUUGUCUAUGUGGAAAGAAUUUAAAGAGAAGCUGAACAAUGGAAUAAACAAAUAAAGCAUGUUUUUUCAUAUUUCC